UAGAUAAGCUUGUACAAUUAUUUUUAUUAAUUUUCUAUAUUAAAAAGUCAAUUUAGUUCAUUUUUAGAGAUAAAUAAAAUCUCACCGUCUCUCCCCUGCAAUUUCUUUUGGCGAACUAUACGACACUGGAAGCCCGUGAUAGGGUGCAAAAAGACAAAAAAGUAACAAAACCAACUUCAUAUUUUCAUCACCUUUUACUUCGUUUUUAACAACCACACAAAAACCUUUCUCAAGAUUUAUGAUCUUUUCUCCCAGCCCUUUUAUUCUUGGCUCCUACUAAAGAAUCUCCUUACAUAUAUGAUAUACAUACACCACACAAAAAAGCAAAGGAAAAGGUCCCCAUUCUGGCACUUAUUCAUUCUCCCAUUCUCCAUUUUUCUUCACACAAUCUGAUUUAUUAGAUUACCCAAAGCAUUAUCAAUGUUGGGAAAAAAAACCAUGGCUAAGCCUUACAAUUCUCUGUCAUGUCUAGUCGUCUCACUUUUCAUCACCUUAUUGCAAUUGAUCACUCCGAGCCAACAAGAGAAUAUAACACCACCUCCAUUGCCAAUUCUCCCAUUACCAAACUACGCUCAAUUAAAAUGGCAACAAAGGGAACUUAUCAUGUUCCAUCAUUUUGGUGUCAACACAUUCACGGAUAGUGAAUGGGGCACUGGGCAUGAAAAUCCUGCAAUUUUCAACCCCACCCGCCUAGAUGCCAAUCAAUGGAUUGACACAGCGGUUCAAGCAGGUGUAACGCUUGUGAUACUCACUGCUAAACACCACGAUGGUUUCUGCUUGUGGCCUUCUAAAUAUACUGAUCAUUCGGUUAUAAGAAGUCCUUGGAAAAAUGGCCAGGGAGAUGUGGUUAGAGAAUUUGUCAAUGCGGCCAAGGCUCGUGGAGUGGACGUUGGAUUGUACCUUUCUCCGUGGGAUCUCCAUGAUAGGACAUAUGGCCUAAAUAAGGAGUACAAUGAGCACUAUUUGGCUCAACUACAAGAACUUCUCAAUAAAUAUGGAGAUGUUAAAGAGAUAUGGUUUGAUGGAGCCAAGGGUUCAAAUGCACCAAACAUGACUUACUACUUCGAUGACUGGUUUGCAAUGGUGAAGGAAUUGCAGAGUGCAAUCAACAUAUUUUCCAACGCCGGACCGGGGAUCAGAUGGGUCGGAAAUGAGAACGGGUUCUCUGGAAGCACAAGUUGGUCCACCAUCAAUCGAACAUUGUUGUCCAUUCCCAAUAGCAACGUUGAUUAUCUCAACACCGGAGACCCCCAAGGGACAGAUUGGCUACCACCAGAAUGUGAUGUAUCCAUUCGAACAGGAUGGUUUUGGCAUAAAUCACAAGCCCCAAAGAACCUAAGCGACUUGCUCGAAAUUUACUACAAGUCUGUCGGGCGAAAUUGCGUCUUGCUACUUAACGUGCCUCCUAACACACAAGGAUUAAUAUCUGACAGCGAUGUGCAAAGACUCAAAGACUUUAGAAGUGCAAUUGACACAAUAUUCUCCACCAAUUUGGCUAACAAUUGUUCGAUCAAAGCAAGUAGUCAGAGAGGAGGUAAAAAUGGAGGUUUUGGACCCGAAUAUGUGCUAGACAAUGACCAUUUGUGGACGUAUUGGGCUCCAAGAGAUGAUAAAGACGACCACUGGAUUGAGUUAAAAACAAAGAGCAAGCCGUUGAGGUUUAAUGUGGUGAGGAUUCAAGAAGCAAUUGGGCUAGGACAAAGGAUCAAAAUGCAUGAAAUUUAUGUAGAUGGGAAGAAAAUUGCAAAUGGAACCACAAUAGGAUACAAGAAGCUUCAUAGGCUAGAAAAAGGAACAGUGAGUAAUGCUUAUAGUGUGAGGAUAAAGAUAAUUGGAUCAAGGGGACCCCCUUUGAUUUCAUCAGUUGGUCUCCAUUUUGAUUCCUUUGGGAUCCAAAUGGGCAGGUAGCUAACCACAUGAUAUGAUCGGUCCACUUAGUUUAGCACAUUCUAUUGAUCUCCGUGUGGACGUAUGUUAGUCUUCUAAAAAGUAGAAACACAGGCUGUGAAUGUGAUAAUAAAGUAUUGAUGUUGCUAAUUA